AUCAUUUGGCGCCGCUUCUGUUUUUAAUGCCAUACCACGUGGGUAUGUCCAAGUGUUUUGAUUGGCUAAUUGGAGAACACAGACCUUUUAUAAUACAGCGCACAAAUUGCUCGGGGAUAUAUUUUCCCUUCAGAGACAUCGCCGAAGUUUUACUCUGACAACAUCAAUUGGAGAUUUAAAAAAAUAAGUAAGGCCACACUUUUGUAACAAGUUAUUUCAGUCAGGUAGAAUUCAAUUUCUACAGAACAGUAAUCUAACGUCAAAGAAGAUGUCACUUGGAAAAUUUAAUCUGAUAGUAGCAGCAUGCCUUCUGUACAGUAUGUGUUAUGCUACAAAUGAUUGCAUUCCCUACGUUGAUGGCGAUCUAUCCACCGAGCAAGUUGCAGCUAUUAACUCAGAGCAUGAUUGUUUUUUGGCAUGUGCCGCCAAUUCGAAAUGCUUUAGUUUUGAGUACGAUGGUGUAUGCACAAAUUAUGUUUUGAAGACACCAGUAACGACAUCCAGCGAUUAUAUAAAUGUCGCGAUAAGAUGCUUAUACAGUUCAUCCCAGUGUUCAGCUUAUCCUGCUGGAUAUAAUUCUGAAGCUUCACAAACAGUCACAUUUGAUGAAUGUAUACAACUCUCGAUUGACAACCAUAAAUCGAAUGGCUUCACGUAUGUUUUUGGGAAAUGCAUUCUGAACGUGUUCAUUAGGGAUAAGCUAAACACCACAAUAGAAACCGCAGGAUUUGCGUAUCUUCGCUGUGAAAGGGCCGAAGAAACGACAACCACAUCAACAACUGCUGCAAUGGCAACUUCUACUACAAGAAAAAAUUGCAAGAAAGGUUAACAAGACGUUUAAAGUUUUUUAAAAGUUCGAGGGAGAAGACUUCACAGAUGAAAAGAUUCUUUACGUUUCAAUGUCUUUAAAUUCCUAAAACUAUUUUAAAUUUGCAAAAGCUACUUUAAAUUUUAAUAUUUUGAAAUUCCUAAACACAUUUAAAUUUUCAAAGAGUCUAUACAUUUUCAUCUCCUUAAUUAGUUAAACUAUUUACAUUUUAAUGUCUCAAAAAACCUUAAAUUGUUUGAAUUCGCACUGGCUGUUUUCAAUUUAAAAAAAAAAUUAUUAUCGUAAACGCAUCAAAAUUAUUUGUCAUCAUUUUGUUAAUCGCUUUGUUUUAAUAUCUUGUGUUAUCAUUUUGAAGUACCUAAAUCUUGAAGUAUUUUUUUUUAAAUUUUUUUUUUUAAUUUAUAAUUUUUUGUUGAUUUUCUCCAAAAUCUAAGUAAUAUUUUCUUUAAAAAAAUAUUUUCUUCACGCUUGAUGUUUAACUCAAACAACAUUGCACUGGGUUUGUCAAAUACUGGUUCUUGUCAAUAAAAGUUUCUAU